AUGACGAUAGCAGGACUCUCUCAGCACCUUAAGCCGUUCUAUUACAAGGUCAAACAUGGAAACACAUCUCUCGCCAAGGACAAAGGAAAAGUAUUUAUCGACGGCGACUGUUUUGCGCUUCGAUUGACCGCCACAGGUCACUACACCCUGAGAAGCGACUGGGGAGGCAUUUGCCAACGGGUGGACGAGUUCAUGGCUUACUGGAAAGACUGGGACAUUGGAGCAAUCAUUUUCGAUGGCCAGGGACCCGAAAUCGACCGGGUGGCGUCGCAGCAAGAGGUGGACGACCAAAUGAGAUUCAUGUGUCGAUUUCCGCUUCUCGGAGGACGUCCCAAUUCCGUGUCGGCCAUUGUCUACGACUACAUACGCGACAAGUACCCUCAUCUGAACGUGAUUGCGACGGCUUCGGCUCAGAAGCACGAGAUUCUCGCCAGUACAGUCUACCAAUAUGCCCGAUACAACCGAAGCGAAAAGGUUUUUCUCUUGGGCAAGGAUAACAGGUACGCGGCCUACCACUGGCCCGAGAAUGUCCACUUGUGCAAGAUUCACACUCUCAAACAUGACUGGGAGGUGUCCAUGCUCUACCCUCCUCGAUUGCUGAAGAAAGAGCCCCGACUACACUGUUUCGAGCUGGCUUUCCUGUGUAUGGAACGAUUUACGGGCAACAGCAGUUUCAAGGAGGUCAAAAAGUGGCUGCGGACAAAUGACAAGUACCACAAAUGGCGAGAAUACCAGCACAAUGUUCUGGACACCAAACACAAGCUCAUCAAGCCCUACAAACACAUCAAUCUAGAGACGGACUGCUUCGAGGUCCAACGAGCGCUCAACAUAAUCAGAAACACAAGCACCGUGUACAAACAGAUGCCGCUUUUGAACGAGCCAUUUUGGGCCGAAAGCGCUUUUCUGGCCGGUCGUCCAUGGAGAUCUGUGGCGUACGAGUUGUUGAUGGAUAGGGUCCAAUACAUGGCUGAUGCCCGGAUGCAUUUUGUCGAGGGAAGAAGAGAGGGCUCCACUAUUGCUAUGACUAAGAUUCCUGUGUGCGACAGGUAUCGAGAAAAGGAGCCUGAUGUUUAUCCCCCCUUGGCUAGCAUGAUGAACCGACUGCAGAAGAUUACCAUGAAGGGACUCAAGCGACAGAUUGUGACGGAGAUCUUCAAGUACACCACUUCCAAGAAUGAGGAUACCCGGUUGGAUUACGAGGAGGAACCUUACAGAAAGUUGGUUGAAGUCUACAUGCUGCAGAUCUGGGGUACCAAAAAGCCCGCGACCAAAGAACCUGAUUUGACAUAUCGGAAGCUCGAGUGGAGCGAUAAGAGCAUGUAUCUGAACCCCACUUGUCUGCGUAUUUACAACAAGCUGUAUGCGUGUGUCUACUCUCUGAUCAUCUUGCAGUCUGUUGUCAAGUUGCCCUAUCAUUUCACCAUGGCCGAUCUUGACAGUCUUCUGUGGAUCAAGCUAUGGAAGAAGCAUGUGGGCGAGCCCAGUAUGACACGUGAAGAGCUGGCUCGUAUCGCCGAUCCUCCCCAUUUGACUGACCAGUUUUACAGCUACAGCUCCGACAACAGUCUGCGAAACAAGCUGCAUGAGGCUCGGUGGAAGUGUCUUCGGUUGAUGAAUGAGGGAGACGACGAGGGUGUUGUUGAAGCUGAAAAGAAUGUUGCUGAGGCGGAAUACAACCUCGUGGAGGCCGAGUUAGACAGACAGGAAAAACUCCAGAAGGCUCCUGUCACCGCUCUGCUCUUGAUGACCGAGUACAGGAAGCUGCUGAAGGAUCUGGAGGCCUCUAAUAGUGACGGACUGACACCCAGGUUCAAUGUUCGACUGAUGAAGGGUCGACUGGAGCGCAUUAGCGACAAGAUGAGAUACCAGUAUGAUGAUUUGUUCGAGUUGGUGAACUCUGAGUAUUCGUGGAGGGAAGGUAAAGAGAAAGAAGCCAUUGAACAGGAUCGAUUGCGGAGAGAAGAACACCGGGAAAUUGAAGAAGAGCGACGGCAACAGGAGGAGCAGAUGGCGAAGGACAGAAGUGCUGAAGGAUGCAAGCCACAGAUCCCCGAGGAGGCACAGAACCCUGAACAGGACACGCAUGAUAGCGACAGCCUGUUUCUGUCUGGGAGUGAAGUUGGAGACUACGAUCAUACAACCGAGUUCGGUGGGUAUGAUAUUGAAGAGGACAAUAAUGAGGACUUUUAG